AUGUUGCCAUUUCUGUCAUUGGCGGCAUGCUGCCUUUCAUUAUCCCCCCUAGUUUCUGGGGCAGCAAUCAGACGGGAGUUGGUACCAUUAGAUGCGACCAAAGUAGCGGUAGAUGCUAUGAUGGCGUUAUACGAUGAGAAAACAGGCCUUUGGGAUCCUAACAAUACAGCAUCGUCUUGGUGGCAGAGCGGUGUCGCUCUUUGGGCUCUCACGGAGUACAUGGUUAAGUCGGGAUCUCACGAAUAUCUCCCCCAAGCACUAAACACAGUCCAAAUCCAGCGGGCACCUCUCAGCUGGUGGCCGGAUGGAGAUGGCGACUUCCGCGCUGACAGUACUGAUGAUACGGCCUGGUGGGCGCUCGCAAUGACUAGUCUAUAUGAGCUCACAGAUGACGAAGAAUACCUACUCAUUGCUCAGGAAGAUGAGGCCUACAUGUACAAAUACUGGAACACGACAACGUGCUCGGGUGGGCUUAUUUGGAGUAUUCCAAGCCGGACUUAUCAUAAUGCCAUCAGCAAUGAGCUUUACCUAGAGCUUACGGCUAAGCUGCACAACCUCGUCCCAGGAGACACGACAUACCUAAACCACAGCCUACAAGAGUGGGAAUGGUUCAAGAACAGCGGCAUGAUCAACAGCGAAAACCUUGUUAACGACGGGCUAACGGACGACGCCGCCUGUGUCAACAACGGAAGGACAACAUGGACAUAUAACCAAGGAGUGAUCCUAGGCGGCCUCGUCGAGCUAUACAAAGCUACUGGGGAUAGUUCGUACCUCGACGAAGCGCAACGGAUAGCAGAUGCCACAGUCAGCAGCGCGCUACUAGUUAAGGACGGAACCCUGACAGAACCCUGCAGCAGCGAAACAGAAUGCGAGCCGAACGGCACAUCGUUUAAGGGCAUAUUUAUCCGGGAGCUGGCUAAACUCAACGCUGCGCUGGAUGACCACCCCUAUAGCACUUUCAUCGCACAAAACGCUGUCACUGCGUACGAGAACGCGCGGAACGGGUCUAAUUUUUAUGGUUUCCAGUGGCAGGGGCCGUAUGAUAAUGUCACGAUCGGCACUCAGGAGGCUGCGGUUCAUCUUUUGGUCGCAGCAUAUUUAUAA